AAUCCUCCCAUGAGCCGCAGGCAGUAUAAAUUAGGCGAUGAGCUGCUCUCGGCACUCUUCAUGUCAAAAGAGGGGUUUGCUGUUACCAAGUGCUUAGUGCUGCAACUGGAACGGGGCAAGAAGAGAUGGCACCUGUCAAGAAGGGUAUCCUUGAGCGCCUCAAUGCCGGGGAGGUGGUGAUCGGCGAUGGUGGCUUUGUGUUUGCUCUGGAGAAGAGGGGGUAUGUGAAGGCCGGGCCAUGGACUCCUGAGGCUACCGUGACAGAUCCUGAAGCUGUGCGGCAGCUGCACAGGGAGUUCUUGAGGGCGGGAUCUAAUGUCAUGCAGGCCUUUUCGUUCUACGCCAGCGAUGACAAACUUGUGAACAGGGGUCAGACACUAAAAAUCACUGGAGCGCAAAUCAAUGAGGCAGCCUGUGACCUGGCAAGGGAAGUAGCAAGUCAAGGAGACGCACUGGUUGCCGGUGGAGUGUCCCAGACUCCGUCCUACCUGAGCUGCAAGAGUGAGACAGAAGUGAAGGCCAUCUUCAAGAAACAGCAGGAAGUGUUUGUGAAGAAGAACGUGGAUUUUCUCAUCGCAGAGUACUUUGAGCAUGUCGAGGAGGCCGUGUGGGCUGUGGAGGUGCUGAAGACCAGUGGAAAGCCUGUAGCUGCUUCUCUCUGCAUUGGGCCAGAGGGAGACAUGCACGGUGUCCCACCCGGGGAGUGUGCCGUCAGGCUGGUGAAGGCUGGUGCCCAGAUUGUGGGAGUCAACUGCCACUUUGACCCCAUGACCUGCGUGAAGACCGUGAAGCUGAUGAAGGAGGGCGUGGAGAAGGCCGGGCUGAAGGCUCACUACAUGGUGCAGCCCCUGGCUUACCACACUCCUGACUGCAGCUGCCAGGGAUUCAUUGAUCUGCCAGAGUUCCCCUUUGCCCUGGAGCCCAGGAUCCUGACGCGAUGGGACAUGCACAAGUACGCCAGAGAGGCCUACAAAGCUGGGAUCCGAUAUAUCGGUGGCUGCUGUGGGUUCGAGCCUUAUCACAUCAGGGCCGUGGCAGAGGAGCUCUCCCCUGAAAGAGGAAUAUUGCCCACUGGAUCAGAGAAACAUGGAAUGUGGGGUGCUGGUCUGGAGAUGCACACCAAACCCUGGGUCAGAGCCAGGGCCCGUCGUGAUUACUGGGAGAAUCUCUUACCCGCAAGUGGUCGUCCCAAGUGCGCCUCCAUGUCGACACCGGAGAACUGGGGUGUGACCAGAGGCCACGCCGACCUGCUGCAGCACAGCCAGUCCACCAGCUCCGAGGAAAUGAAGCAUGUGCUGGACAUGCAGAAGAAAGUCAAGUCAUCUGCAUGAGCAAGACGUGGCGGCAAAAGCAAUGACGAGCCCCUCAUCACAUUCGGUCAGCGAGAGCGAUGAGGAGCGGCCUUCCCCAGUUCAGUUGGGAGAUGAAAAGCACUUGUAACAGCGAUGCUCCAUUUAUGGAGUGUCAUGAUGUAAACCUCAAAAUCAAUAAACCUGAGUAACUUAAGUUCA